UAGCGGCAGCUGAACACAACCACUGUUGCGUACUGCAUUGUCUACUGUGAAUCCGUGGUGAGCGGAUGUGCUGACAUCAAUAUCCAGUGUGCUGUCUAGUUACAUGUGUUUCUUGUCGUAAGGGUAGGAUGAGUAUCUUAUGUGCGUGCCUGUGAGCGUCUGUGAGUGUGUAUCACGUAACACGAAAGGAAAAGAAAGUAGGGGCAUCGAGUGUUGGUAACUUUAUUGCAACAUAAAUUACUCGUUCUUCUCAGACUGUAGAAUGAAAUGUGAUAAAAUGAUGACUAAUACAUAGGAGUUAUACCCUGCAAAAACAAUUUAGUAGCAUAAUGUGAUAGUGACGUUGAUAAUGUAGUGGCGGUAUGUGUUGUAGGCUGGUUUUGACUGCUAAUCUCAAGAUUAGAAGCGGUAUCUGAAUAACAAGAUAACUGCUCAGCUGGGAAACAUUAUCAGUGAGAUGUCAGCGGUACACAUUCACUGCUCAUAGCAGCUCCAUGGCGUCAAUUCCGGUAGCAAGAAUGAGCCUUUACCAUCAAUCGGAGGCCCAGACCAGACAAAGACGAUGAGGUCUGGAGUUCCACUGCCGCUGGGUGCGGCUAUGGCAGUGCUGGCUUCACUCCUCCUCCUACACGGUUGCUGGGAAGUAGGGGCAGAGAUAGGAGGGCGUCACAUCCGACGCAUCACUGCAGCUGAUCUGCCCUCAACGAACAGCACCGAAGCUACAAAAGUCAGGCUGAAGAAAACACAGGUCAAAGGAGGAGAAAACUGCACAAAAGAAGGAUCGUGCAUGAACGCCAUGACAGCAGCACCUCACAGUAAUCCUAAAGGCAAAACAACCUCUUCAUUCCUAGCAGACGAUGUUCUUCAAGGACGCCUCCACGCAGACGUACUGAGCUUCUUAACCACAACAGGAUCGCCCUAUGGUAGAGGAUACGAUUCAUACUUCGACGGCGAUAUUUUUGGUGAGAGAACAGUCAGUAUACCAAAGAAAUUGUCUUUUAGUGAUGUGUACCGCUCAGCAACAGAACGAAUGAAUUACGAUAUGCCCCUAACGACCCCAAGAAUAAGUUUGUUUGAUGAUUUUUAUGCUAAAGUGACAGAAGGCAUUCGGCAGAACCUUGAAGAAAUGGACGAGUAUAGGUUUCGAGAUGUCUCACGGUUCUAUGAUGAUAAUGUGCAAGAGGGACAUCGAACAGCGGCGGUCACCGUGCUGCCACCUUCAACAGCAGAUCCAGCAGACAAAGCAGACGAAAAAGUUGCACUGGAAUAUUUAAGUAAAUUAUCAGUCGUGUACAAUGAUUCAAAAAUGUCUAAUUCUGUGAGAAGAGACAUUGUGGUCGAGAAUGGAACUCACGUUGAUUUUGAGAGAUCUCGUAUUCACACAGAAUUACAACCUGAAAUAAAUCGGACGACAUUCUACAUCUCAAAUGACACGCACUCAACCAUAAUUCCAGCCCCUACCUCAGUUUCAAUGACAGAUUCGAGAAAUGGGUCACAAACUUUCCACAAUAAUGCGGUUGUCAAUCAUUCUAGGGCGGAUGAAUUAUUUUUAGAAUCCUUGGGCCACUCUGAGCAUUCGCCUCAUCCGAAUAUCAACAUCAGUAUGAAUGUUAUACAGAAUAAUAAUACAGGGACACCUGGUAACAAAGAUAGUACAACUUCGGAAUCCAAAAGGGACCGAUCAUUCUCCAGAUCCAAUGGAGUAAGAAACAAUUCAAGUAGAGAAAAUGUUACAGUAAUCAGCAAUAAGCCCAUGACGCUUCAGAUAUCGAAUGGAACGAAAUCAGAACUAAUCGAUACCGAAAGGAAGAAUACCACCAAGACUUCGAGGAGCGGUGCUGUUGUAAAAACAGAUUCUAAAUCGAAAGCAGCUGGUCCAGUUUCUGCAGAAAGGGACACCAACAGAGGUAGCAGGAUGUUGGUAUCCAGUCGCAGUAAUUACAACUCCACUAAUGGUCUGGAACAUUCGUCUCAAACUCCCCUCUCUGGAUCGUCUCAAAAUAACUUCAGCAGUGACAAUGCGACAAGAAAACCGCGAACGAAAUAUACCUUGAGGCGAAAUGGAACAAAUUCAAGCGAGGAACAGGUAGAGUCCAGUACAGUAAUUGCAGGCAUGGCGACGAGGAAGGCAGUUCCUUCUGUUCGGGCAAGAGCAGACGAGAAAGUGCCGUCUCAAACCAAAGAGAGUGUCAGGAGCAGGAAGAAUGGCACUAAUCCGAUAUCUGGGUAUGGAUUUACUGAGGUGCCAAUUGAUCGUUCUACAACUGGUAGUUCCAGAGGUCGAGCCUUUACUUACCAACGUCCUCACACAACGGCUAGCAAUACAAGCAGCGACAGUGAAGCACAAGGUGGCAAAAGUGACUAUUCAACGGUCAGACCAUCAACCACCAGCUCUUCUAUCAACGCAGAGAUGGUUCGGCGUCGACUCACUACCUUAAAUCGACGCCUGCAGAGCAGCACUACAUCGCCAGUUGCUUUUUAUCCAACAAACAAUUCCACAACAGAAAGUAAUGCUAUUGUAAGAGGGUUACCGGUAACAGUAGGAAGACCACCGACGAUUAAAAAUACAUCAUCAAAUAAAACAGAAAAUAAUGAAGGGAAUGAUAUAGUGUCCUUUAAGAAUGAUGCAUACAAGCCUGUCACCAGAAGCCGUGGAUCAGUUCGCUACGGAAACCAGAAGAAUUAUACAUCUGAAGAUAUAGGGAAUUCAUCGUCCGUGUUCUCAACCCCACCGACUACGGCAGCUUGGACUUUAGUAUCCCUUAGUAGAACUAGCACUGAGACGCAAAAUUUGCGGCAGGAUAACUCCACGUUGGAUGUACACAAGAGACGGUGGCCUCCAACAAGAGGCAGAAGACCUUGGAGCUCCGAGGAACAAGAAUCCACUACCACGGCAUCCGACGAAGAAAGCACAUCUAACUUAACGUCUCCGAAGUCAACAAAACUGAGACCUGUGACCAGAGUCAGAGGCGCCCUUUCUCAGAAGAGAACGCAGCAAUCCAGCAUGCAGGAAAACAGACUAUCCGCUAUUCAGGUCGUUGCCCCUAUCACUGAACAGGACCUGGCGUCCACUACUGAGGGCGAAGUUUUGGCUACCUCCACGUCUCUUCCUGUUACAACAGAAUCCAAAGAUCUGACAAUAAAAUCAGGCGCCUGGUAUAAGCAGACCGAAACCCUCUUUCAAAUUAUUAGUACAAACACCGAAAUUUCGACUAGUUCCGAUGUGGAGAGAGGGCAUAUUAGCUACAAACCUUAUUUCAUUCCUUCAUUGCAAGUAACAGUAGAUACUUCAAUGACAGCUGAUGAUAGUGUUACCACUUCAACAGAAUCUUUUGGCAGCACCACAGAAAUGCCUGAAUUAACAAGUGUGAAAGAUAGUACAACUGCCGAAGGUUUUCAUGCUGGUACCUUAUCAGUUGAAGACGAUACUUUGUUGUCUACAGUGACCGCAGAUGAACCUGUUGUCACAUCUACCACUGGGAGGUGGUUUCAGGAAACAAGAGAAAGUGGCGUUGGGCUAGGAAACUACCAAGGAACCUCUCAUGACAUCAGCAAUAUAAGGGAAGAGAGUAAAGAAGGGGAUGGAAACAAGCAAGGAGGUAGCAAUACAGAUGAAAAGCUGCUGGAAGGGGACACUGCCCUAUCUGAAAACGAAGACGGGACUCUGAUGGAAGGGCACAUUUCAGAGGAUGUGUACAGUCAGGGGAAUGUUUCUGGUAGCAAUUCAGACGAUGAAAGUAAAGAUACAGGUGACGGUCUACAAUUGGAUAAUAGUCAAAGUUCCCAGAAACUGUCUGCAGUCUCUGGUGAAGGAGAAAAUCCAUACCUCCUCCACAAUGAAUCUCCCUACUACGGCGACUCGGGGGCUGUUGCUCAUGAUUACACUCCUGAGGCAACCACUGCGGAAGCAACAGACACGCCUGCUACAAACGGAACCGGAACCAGUGCAAGUGUUGGGGAAGUGGAGACAUUUGCCCCUCCCGGAGGCGAACAAGUAACCACCUGGGGCAGCAGCCCUAGCGCUAAUGAAUGGGACGCUGACACAACGACGCUUCCAUCAGUGUACAACGUUCCAUUCUAUCUGGUUCUCUCCAUCAACGCGUCCUGGCCUGUUUUCUGCGAUCAUCUAGCCGAGUUCAAGCAGUCGGUUGUAACUCUCUUGAUCAAUAACGACAGGUACAUAGAGUCUUAUCAAGUCAUUUUGCCAAACGCUGAGUCGACGCGCUGUCCAAGCACUGAAGCCUCCCCAGUAAGUCCGAUUGAAGUUGACAUGUACCUAGCGAGUGAGGGCAACAAAUUCGAUCAUCAGCUCACAUUGGAUUUCUACACUUUCUGGCGAGAGUCAGGGCUGCCGGAAUUCCCGAUUGAUAUCAACACCGUGCAGCCCGCUGGACAGAUUUCUGACGGCGCUCCUGAAGGUGCUGAUGAGGGAGGGGGUAUGAUAGCUGCCAUCACCAUCUCAUGCAUUGGGGCUGCGUGUCUACUCUUGCUGGCGGCCCUCUGGGUCGUGAUGCGCAAGCGGCAGCAGAGAUUCAACUACGGCCAGCGGUGCACACCAGUGUCUCUAGAUGCAUACAGCCUCGACAGCGUGUCUGUGUGUGGCUCAGUCAGGCGUAAGACCGGAGCCAGGAACUCGAAGCGAUCAUAUGGUAACGCGGGAUUUGAUGAUCCAUCUGCACCUUCACAUCCUAUGGGAUUCGCGGGGUUGGCGAAUUUCAGUCUGAACAGGGAAUCUGUGGAACAGGAGUUCGCUAGGAUCCCGCAGGUUACAGCCAACGUUGACGACAUGCCCGAAGGCGCGGAUACCAAGAACCGCUAUGCCAAUGUGAUACCCCUUCCCGAGACAAGGGUACAGUUGUCUCCACGUGAAGGCGAACCACUCUCCGAGUAUAUAAAUGCAAAUUUUGUGCACGGCCCCAAGAAUGCAAGCAAGUACUACAUCGCAUGCCAGGCUCCAAUGGCGUCUACUGUGAUAGAUUUCUGGCGCAUGAUCUGGGAGCAACAAAGUAGAGUCAUACUCAUGCUAACCGACCUCGUUGAGAAUGGAGUGGAAAAAUCUGCAGAUUAUCUACCACCCUCUGAAGUACUUGAUUGCCAUAGGCUAUUCGGUGACUUCCAAAUCACCCUGAAGAAGAGAGAGGUCAAGGAUCAUUACAUCAUAUCCAGUCUGCAACUUAAGAACCUGGAGACGAACUCAUGGCGUGAGGUGAUACACCUAUGGUACGUAAGCUGGCCCAUACAGGGUGUCCCAGAAGACGCGAGCUCAUUAAUUGCAUUCUUGCUGGAGGCCCGGCCUUAUAUGCGCAGCGGCCCCUGUGUUGUCCAUUGCAGCCCCGGCACUGGGCGCACAGGGACGGUUAUUGCCUGCGACCUCUGCAUUAGAGACUUUGAGACCACGCGAAUUGUGAAUAUUCCACGUUGUGUGGCCCGCCUUAGGAGGGACAGAGCUGGCGCUGUGCAGACGCGCGACCAAUACGCCUUCAUUUACCAGGUUAUUAAUCUCUAUGGCACAAAGUUGACUGGUGGUGCAUUGGACUCCAUGUGAAUGUUCAUAUUGUAUGAAAUUAUCUACAUGUGUAGUAUCUUUGUCAAGUGAAGAAUUAUAGACACAGGAAGUAUUAUACAAGGGACCAAUAUAUUAGUAUGAUAGUGUUUCAUGUAAAAUGUAAAUGUUUUGACAUAUAAAUCACAUAUUUAUUAGAAAUGUUGAAUUUUGUGAAGCAUUAGAGGGAGAGAUAAAAUAAAAUACUUGAUAUCUUAUGUAAAUUAUA